CAUCAUGGUGGUGGCAGCCACAAAGAUAGAAGUAACCGUGUAAGUGAGAGGUUGUGUAUCAGCCAUAGAUCGAUAGAGAUGGCAUGUGGGAUGUCUUACGAAGGGUUUAAUAAGCUUAAACCCUACUUGGCAAUGAUCUCCUUGCAGUUUGGUUACGCAGGAAUGUAUAUCGUCUCCAUGGUCUCUUUGAAGCGAGGCAUGAGCCACUACGUACUUGCAACCUACCGUCAUGUUGUUGCCACCAUUGUCAUCGCUCCCUUUGCGAUUCUUCUUGAAAGGAAAACAAGACCAAAGAUGACUCUGCCGAUCUUCCUAAGAAUUGUCGCGCUUGGUUUCCUAGAGCCGGUGCUUGAUCAGAACUUCUAUUAUUUGGGGAUGAAGUACACCUCAGCCACAUUUGCAUCUACCAUCUUCAAUAUGCUCCCCGCAAUAACCUUCUUAAUGGCAAUCGUCUUCAGGUUAGAGACGGUAAAUUUCAAGAAGUUACACAGCGCAGCCAAGGUGGUGGGCACAGUAAUCACGGUGAUGGGAGCAAUGGUGAUGACCUUGUACAAAGGCCCCAUCGUUAAUUUCAUCAUCGGGCGAGCGCCAAGCCACCACAAAAGCAGCGCCGAAUUGGCGGAUCAGCAUUUGGUCACCGGCACGUUAAUGCUCCUAGCUGGUUGCUGUAGCUGGGCCGCCUUCUUUAUACUGCAAUCAUUUACGUUGAAGAAGUACCCUGCGGAGCUCUCUCUCACAGCUUGGAUAUGCCUGAUGGGCGCGGUGGAAGGUUCAAUCGUGACACUUGUGAUGGAACGUGACAUGAGCGUGUGGGCCAUUGGAUGGGACUCCAGGCUUCUUGCCGCUGUUUAUUCUGGGAUAGUUUGCUCCGGAAUCGCAUUUUACGUACAAGGAUUUGUAAUCAAGCUACGCGGCCCCGUGUUCGUGACAUCUUUUAGCCCACUCUGCAUGAUCAUCACUGCUGCUCUGGGCUUCAUUAUUUUAGCUGAGCAAACCCGCCUUGGAAGUAUAAUUGGAGCCAUUCUGAUAGUCUUCGGCCUUUACACUGUCGUAUGGGGUAAAAGCAAAGAUCUUCCAAUCUCAAAAGCGACAGUAAUCGACGAGAAAAGUGGCACCCAAGAAUUACCAAUCACGGACACCACUAAAUCAAUCAACGCCAGUUGCAAAAACGAUGUUGUAGCUGCCGGAAUUUUGUUAAAGAAUCCGGCGACAGUCUAGGGUCGUGAAUACGUACACUUUCUUUCUCCAAGCUAGCUAGCAGCCUAGCAUGCUGCUGCUGCUUUCAAUGUGUAUCUAUUCACUUGUUUAAUGUUCGUUGAGAUCGAUUACAACGAGAGCUAUAUAUAUUAUAAAUAAGUGAAUUAUGUUUUGCUA